GCCGGGCUGUGCCGGGCGGGCGGGAGGCGGCGGCGGGUGCGGUGUCCCGGAGCGGCGGUGCGACAUGUCCCACCAGACCGGCAUACAAGCUAGUGGAAGUGUUAAAGACAUCUUUGUUGGUGCAAGAAAUGGACAAUAUAGGCUUUUAAAAAUAGUCAUUGAUAAUGAGCAGCUUGUUGUGGGAUCCUCUAGGCGGCCAGUUGGAUCAUGGGAAAAGGAUUACGAUUGCUUUGUCCUUCCCCUUCUUGAAGACAAGCAACCAUGUUAUAUAUUAUACAGAUUAGAUUCUCAGAAUGCUCAAGGAUAUGAAUGGAUCUUCAUUGCAUGGUCACCUGAUCACUCUCCUGUUCGUCAAAAAAUGUUAUAUGCAGCAACCCGAGCAACACUUAAGAAAGAAUUUGGAGGUGGUCACAUUAAGGAUGAAGUAUUUGGAACGGUACAGGAUGAUGUUUCACUGAAUGGAUAUAAAAAAUAUUUGAUAUCACAAUCCUCCCCUGCACCCUUGACUGCAGCAGAAGAGGAACUUCGACAAAUUAAGAUUAACGAGGUACAGGCAGACGUUGGUGUAGACACCAAGCAUCAAACAUUGCAAGGAGUAGCAUUCCCCAUUGCUAAAGAAGCUAUUCAGGCUUUGGAGAAAUUGAAAAAUAAGAAACUCAAUUAUGUACAGCUGCAAAUUGAUAUGAAAAAUGAAACUAUUAUUUUGGCCAACACACUUGAUACUGAACUUAAGGACUUGCCAAAAAGAGUUCCAAAGGAUGCUGCGCGUUACCACUUUUUCCUGUAUAAGCACACACAUGAAGGAGACUAUUUGGAAUCCAUAAUUUUCAUCUACUCUAUGCCAGGGUAUACCUGUAGUAUACGAGAACGAAUGCUCUACUCUAGUUGCAAAAGUCCACUGUUAGAAAUUGUAGAAACACAGUUGUGGAUGCAGAUAAUUAGAAAGAUUGAAAUUGAUAAUGGUGAUGAGUUAACUGCUGACUUUCUUUAUGAAGAGGUUCAUCCAAAACAACAUGCUUACAAACAGAGUUUUGCUAAACCAAAAGGUCCUGCGGGGAAGAGGGGAAUACGAAGACUGAUCAGAGGUCCAGCAGAGACUGAAACACCUAGUGAUUAGAAACUGUUGUUUAUAUUUGUUAAACUAUUACAAUAGGAAACUAAUUUCUGGCUUUUGGUAAUGAACUGAAAUCAUUCCAUUAAUAGAUUCUAGUGGGGAAAAAGGCUCUUUUUACUCUUUUCUGACCUCAACACUUUUUAUAUUGUUACAUGAUUAUAUUUGUUGACCAUGUUUUAUGACAUGUAGAAGAGCUAAUUAUUUUAAAGCUAGAAAAGUAAGACUAAGCUAGUACCCCUUUAUUUUAAUUUAGAAUCCAUUAUUUAAUAGUUGUACAUGUGAUCAUAAACUUUACAGACAUAAGACUAUGAAACCCAUGUAUUCUGUGGGCAAGUUGCAGCCGUAUGCUUAUGCACAGCCUAUUGAAACAUGUAAGACUUUCCAUGUGAGAAGAGAUAAAGAUGACAUAGCAUUGUCCCAAUUAAAUCUUUAUUUUUCCUUGUAGCACUUAUGGACAUUAGUACAGUAGAAGGUUUUCCUCUGAUUUUGACAGGAUGCAUUGUUGGGUUUUGUUGUUGUUCGGUUUGGUUUUGGUCCUUUUGUUUUUUUCUUGUAAUGGAAAAGAUAAAAAUCAGUUAUCGUUAAAUUAAUGUAACUAUUCAGGAAUAGCUGGGUAUUUUCCUAUGCAAACGCUUGGUCAUCUCAAAUUUAUAACUAAUUUCAUGGAAUUGUCUUUUAAGGAAAUCUAACAUAAAAACCACUAGCUUUUCCAGUCUUACGUAUCACUCCAAAGCCUUACAUAUUAGGUACUGAAUGACCAAGUAAAAGGUGAUUAAAAGUGCAUGAGUUAGUAUACUCAGUAGAUUAUGAAGCUGCUUUCAAAGCAAUAUGCCUAAAGUAUCUGAUUAUCUGUGCACUCAGAUCUAAAAAUGUGUAAAUUCAGUAAAAAUUGAAAUAGAUUCGCUUCAUAAUGGUGAGUUAUCAUUGAGAUCUUACUGUGUUUGCAGUAUUAACUGAAAAUGACUUUUCCUAAGUUUUUGAACUUUAUUAGUAACUGAAAUCCAACUAGGUCUUGAAUAACUGCUGGCAGCAAGCACCUGGUUAGGAUUUUGUCUGGUUUUUUCCCCUCCCUGCUUCCCUUCUCCAGAAUACUAAAAUCAGCCAGAAUAGUCUAAACUUGAUUGAACUGUAAGUAAUGUGUUUAAUAGGAAGAGGUAAAAUAGAUUAUUUUAAUAAGUGGACUAAGGGAGAAUUAGAUGUGGAAAUCAAGUAUUGGAUGACCUUAAAUAUUUAAAAUUGUGUGAUGAGGCAAAUACUAGUGAUAGAUUAUAUUCUCCAGUGAGGACCUGCAUUUUAGUGUCUUGUAUGUGAGCUCUGUGGUUUUUGAGUUUUGUCAGUUUGGGGUUUUUUAAAGCUACAUGGGAGUUGCCAGUCUUGGUUCACUGCUUAUUAUCAUAGCUGCUGGAUAUACACGUUAUAGAGCUGAAUCAUGUGUUUAGCUGGUGGAAGACAGUUUUUAACCUAGGUUUUUUAGGGAAAUAAUUCUUUGACACUACUAGCUCCUGAUAAAAUUUGUUUUAUCUAUUAUUUUGUUUAGAGAUACUAGCUUGUUAUUGACAUCUGAGAUUGCACUAUAUAAUGUGAAGAUUGCAAUAGUUGGUUUUACUGUGGUUUUUUUAUAUGCAGUAGAAAUUUGACAUUUCAGCUUUUUUCAAUAAUCUUACACACUACAUCACUCCAAUUCAGUAGAUCCUCAGCUAAUCUCCUGCUUGCCCUUAGCCACUGUGUUCUUUUCCUGCCUCUUGCCUUCUCCCUCUAGGGUAAGAACCUGGUCUUUGAAGUAUUUCUGCUAUGUACUACAUGUCAGGGAAGUGUAAUUGUUUUUUAAAUAUGGUUACUGUGUGCAGCUCAUUGUACACUGUAAUUAAAUGUAUUUUUAGUUGAACUCUGAAUCUUUGCAGCACACCUAAUUCACUUUGGGUUUUUUUUGUUUGGUUUAGUUUUAAGGAAAACCUUUGAUUGAAGCAGUUAAAAAUUACUGCUAGAGAGUUUUUUGUUAGAAUUUAGUAUUCCUGCCCAUGUGCCAGCCAUAGCAAGAGUGCAUCUUUACGCUUUCUUUAGCCAGUAAAGAAGUUCAACUUUUUAAUACUAAAUGUUUUAAAUAAUGAUCAGUUUGACACUAUACAGUUAUGUGCAUGUUGUGGGGGGGUUUGUUUGGGUUUAUUUUCCUAAUCCUGCCCUAGGUAGAUGAGAAUAGAAGGUGGAAAACUUAAUCUGGAGGAUGAUGAGAGCUGGUUAAGUGAUUAUGCAACGGCCUUUAUGAUGAGCUGCUUUAGAGUUCAGCCCAAACCAGACAUUCUAAGUUAUUUUACUUGAAAAUAUUCUGUGGGGGUGUAGAAACCCCUGACCAACCAGCAGUCGUGUCCUGAGCAUGUUUCCCCUUCACCUUUCCCCAAAAAGAGAAUCAUAUGAAGUCUUGCACUGCCGGCUGCCUCUCCAGGCCUGUUUUCCUGACAGAGCAAUGAGAAGCAUCUGAUCUUUUCCUAAAAUCUAUCAAGUUUACUCCUGCAUAGUUGCCUCCAUUACUUUUAAUGAAUGUUCAGAGCCAGCAUAAAAUGUGGGCAUUAAUUGGUGUUAUUCCUUUAAGUGUCUCUGGUCAUUAAAUAAUUGAAAGUGUCCAUUCAAAUUGUUGUUGGCCUUCAGAAAGCCCAAAAGCAAUGCAGCUGCUUGCAGUUAACUCACAAGCUAUUAAACAGUUAAUUAAUACAACAGGUAAUUAUUUUUAAAUGUUUAUGUUGCAAGGUCAUGAGAUUUUGAUCUUUUAAAACACUCCUAUCAAAGGUUAAACUAAUCAAGGUCAUAAUUGCUCUAUUGCUCGGAUAAACAGAUUGAUAAAGGAAACUUGAUUUACAGUGUCUGUGUAUUCAGUGAGAACCACCUUCAGAUGCUAAAAUGAACUAAGUUUACCAUAUCUGUUUUGUAAUUUGCUUUAUAAAUAAAGAUUGAUGCUUUA